AUGGGAGUACGCUUGAUAUCUCAGUUAUAUCAUGAACUUAGUAAUCGAUUUACUUUUCCUAUGCAGGAAACAAGUUAUCAAAAUGAGUUUGCAGGCUCUUUUUGAGGACAAACUCCUCCACAAGGCGCAGCGUGGCUUGUUUAUCAGCAAACCAAAGUACGGAAUCUUCGUCACUGCCUUCUACAAGGAAGAUCUUCCUGUAAAUAUCUUCACUAUUCGGGACCAAAUUUUGGAUGCUGUACGUGACGUCGUCAACUACGCUCUAGAAUUGGAGAAAGCUAAAGGAAACGAGUCAUUUACCAGGGCAAAUGUGGCAUUUGACCCAGACCAGUGGAGUGAAUGGUAUAAAGAUGACCCCAAACUGGCGAAUCUUGAUAACCGUCCCCCGGGUAAGAAGCUCGUCCGUGACUCGCAAAAAUUCCUGGACACCGAAGGAGAUGUCUUCUUUUUGCUUAAAUCAAACUUUGUCGGGGAAGUGGAGAAAAUUCUUCAGCGUGUUGAGAAAAAUAUGAAACCUUUUUGCGACAAGUUGGAUGUGACCCACUCUAAGCCCCCGAGUAAGCGGAUCAUUCAAAAUUCCUUUAUUGAUGGAGUAGCAAAUCCUUGUGACGCAGAGAGCAUCAAGAAUUACAUUGUCAAGAAUGAAGGAGCGUUAUCAGGUUACCCUGGAUCAUGCUACCUUCUGGCACAGAAGUUUGAGUUCAACUGGACGGUCCUCGGAAAUAUGGACAAGAUUCAAAGAGGGGACAUGAUCGGGAGGAAAACUGGCACAGACACAAUCAUUCCCCACACGGACAAACGUGCUCACAUCUCACGCGCGCAUAUAGAACUCGACGUUCCACCAGUGAAUGGUCUUUUGAGGCAUAAGCGCGUUUUCCGGGUUUCAAUGCCUUACGGUCGAGCAGACCAACCAAGCCAAGAAGAAGGGUUGAUGUACAUGCACUGGUGCAACAAUACUGAGGUUUUCAAGACCAUUCUGGCAAAUAUCGCUGGUAAUGACAAGCAUUCUAAACUUGGUGACGUAACCGUCGAUAGCUUGAUCAGCGCCGUCCGCCCAGUACAAGGAACCUUCUAUUAUGUGCCGAGUGCAGAAGAGUUGAACUGGUUAGCAGAACAAGUCUCAACAGUUGUGAAUAAAGUGUCCCGCCCCAGUCCGGAAGCUCAUCAACCCCUAGUCGAGUUGAUUGACAGCCUAAAAAAAAAGUACUCGGUGCCUGGGGCACCAUGGGAUGUACUGCUGCCCACAGGAUCAGGGACAUUUGAAGGAUACGUUGGCUGGGGAGCAGGAUGUGGGGCUUCUGCUGAUGGCCGGCGAUCAGGCUCACCCAUAGCCUCCGAUCUCAGUGCUGCUCCCACGCCUCUGGAUAAGCCUCCAGUACCAAAGAGCUUUGGUAUCUACAAAUCACUGAAAAGCUGGGAUAUGCUCUCUAUAAACGUUGGCUUCGCAAACGGUGCAGAAAUCGAUUUGAAGAUUAUGGAAGACUUUAAAGAGAGUGACCUGGUUGAGUUCUUAAGGAAUUAUGCCGACCUAAAGGGUAUUGGAGGAAACAUUUUGACAGUGACCUGUGCCAAUCCUGAAACAUUCGCCAACGCCCAAAAUAACCCAGAGCAGUAUGAUCUCAUCCGCGUUCGUACAGGGGGCUGGAGCGAGUUUUACACUACUUUCUUCACCGCUCAUCAGAAACAUCAGGAGCGGAGAAUGUAUUACCAUUCUACAUAA